GGAGGAGGGGCCUUCUGAGUACCUGAGAACAGCCACUGAGGGGAAAUGAGCUCGCUUCCUGAUCUGAGAGGCACAUAUAAAAAACGAAAGUCAGCGCAAGGGAAACAAGUGCACAUGGUAGAUGAAAGCUGACGGGAAGGCAGCGCGGAAACAUCUCAGAGCACUCUUUGGUGAUAACGGGUGUGUGCAUCGCGUGGUGUCCGAAGGCACAGCAUCAUGAGCCAGUGGAAGCAGAUUCAACAGCUGGAGAUCAGACUCCUGGAACAGGUGGAUUACCUGUAUGACGAUAACUUCCCCAUGGACAUCAGGCAGGGGUUGGCCAGCUGGAUCGAGUCUCAGGACUGGGACACGGCGGUGAACGACGAGUCGAUGGCUGGCGUGCUCUUCACCAACCUGCUGACCCAGCUGGAGAGGGUGCGCUCGCAGGAGCAGAACUUUCUGCAACGACACAACAUGAAAAUAAUUCAGCAGCAGCUGCAACUGAAAUACGCCACCAAUCCUGCUGUAAUGGCCAGAGUCAUCUCCACCUGUCUCAGGGAAGAGCGCCGUAUUCUCUCCAGUGCCUGCAUGCAAGAACAGGGUCCUCUGGAGAAGUCUUUGCAGAACUCUGUGGCGUUUGAGAGGCAGAAGAACAUGGACAACAGAGUUGGGAUCAUCAGGGGCAGCGUGCAGUUGAUGGACCAGGCUGUGAAAUACAUCGAGGACAUGCAGGAUGACUUUGAUUUCCGCUACAAGACCCUGCAGUCUCGAGAAUCAACCGAUAGAAACUCUGACGUGAUGAAACAGGAAGUAACAAGACUACAGGAAAUGCUAAAUCGGCUUGACUUUAAAAGGAAGGAGAUUUUAUCAAAGAUGGAUGUUGUGAUCAAAGAGAUUGACGACCUGAUGACCUCUCAGCUCAACCCCGAGCUGCAGGACUGGAAACGAAGGCAGCAGAUCGCUGCCAUCGGGGGUCCUCUGCUCACCGGGCUGGAGCAGCUGCAGAGCUGGUUCACCCUGACUGCUCAGAGCCUUUUCCAGAUCAAGCGUCAGCUGGACAAACUGGGGGAGCUGGUGGUGAAGGUGACCUAUGAGAGCGACCCAAUACCCCUGCAAAAGCCUCAGAUGGAAGAGAGAGUGAAAUAUCUCAUUUACCAUCUUAUCAAGAGCUCAUUUGUGGUGGAGAAGCAGCCAUGCAUGCCCACACAUCCACAAAAACCCCUCAUCAUCAAGACUGGAGUGCAGUUCACCACCAAAGUCAGACUCCUGGUUAAACUUCCAGAAGUGGAUUAUCAGCUGAAAGUGAAAACAACAUUUGACAAGGACCUCCCCCCGGGCAGAGUAAGUCGUCAGUUUUUCAUCCUGACCAACAACACUAAAGUUAUGGACAUUGAGGACUACUCAAACGGCUGCCUCUCAGUGGAGUUCAGACAUCUGCAGCUGAAAGAGAAGAAAUACAUCAACGGCACCAAAGGGAAUGAGGGCCUGCUCUCUGUGACAGAAGAACUUCACUCUCUCAGUUUUGAGGCCUGCUUCACGGUGCAGGGCCUCACCAUCGACCUGGAGACGUGUUCCCUGCCGCUCGUUGUGAUUUCCAAUGUGAGCCAGCUUCCUGGCGGCUGGGCCUCCGUCAUGUGGUACAACCUCCUGACUGAUGAGCCGAGGAACCUGGCUUUCUUUGGGAACCCUCCUCGGGCCAGCUGGAGCCAGCUCUCUGAGGUCCUCAGCUGGCAGUUCUCCACUUUUGCUGGGCGAGGCCUCAACAAAGAGCAGCUCACCAUGCUGGGAGAAAAGCUCUUUGGUCAACAUGCCUCCUGCAGCGACUAUCAAGUCUCCUGGUCCAAGUUUUCCAAGGAGAAUAUUCCAGGGAAGCCGUUCAGCUUCUGGAUGUGGCUCGACUCGAUCCUGGAGCUCAUCAAGAAGCACCUGCUGCCGGUCUGGAAUGAGAACUACAUCAUGGGAUUUGUGAGUAAAGAGAUGGAGCGAGCUUUGUUGAAGGACAAAGAGCCAGGCACGUUCCUGUUACGCUUCAGCGAGAGCCACCUCGGCGGAAUCACCUUUACCUGGGUGGAGCACGGCGAUAACGGUGAGGUGAAGUUUAACUCUGUGGAGCCUUACACUAAAAACCGGCUCAGCGCGCUUCCGUUCGCCGACAUCAUUCGAGACUACAAAGUGAUCUCAGACGGGGUUGUCCCCGAAAACCCGCUCAAGUUCCUCUACCCCGACAUCCCCAAAGACGAGGCCUUCGGGCGGCUUUACAACAGCCAGCCCAGCAAAGUGCAUCCUUACAUCCCAUCAACCCUGAUCCCCAUCUCAGAAAUGCGCUCCAACGCGAGCACCACCCCGCGGUCGUGUCAGUCUCCGGAGCCCCCGAUGACACCUGGAGAGUUUGACAUGCUCAAUGAGCACCUGUGCUUCGACAUCGACACCAUGAGCUCUCCGUAUUCAGAGUAAAAAGAGGGAAAAAAAACAUUUGCAUCUGGAGCUUCUUUGAAUCCUUUGUCAAUAUCGUGACUCCCGUGAGGCUGUUGUUUUUACAGGGUUUGUGUUUAAUGUGUUUUUAAAGCAUAUUUUAUGUGCUUGUCCAUGAAAGAAAAGUUUGUGUCAUGAUGGUUUUGUGUCUUUUAUAUUUUUAAUGUUCCGUCAUGUUUUUCUAUAAGAAAUGUAUUGUAUAUAAAUCAAUCUGAACAUGUUUAUUGUUUUGUUUUUUUGUUUGUUUUUUGUAGUGGAUAUUAUUUUGAUACUUUAUGUCUGCAUCUGUCUCUUUCACCUGUUUGUUAUUGGCAAAAAAGUUAAAUACACGCAGUGUUUUGAUUCC